AUGUCACAAACGGAGCGUGCAGCCUGGGAGGCUUUGGGGCACGGUGAAGCUUGGCACCAGAAACCGCAAAAGCCGCUGCCUCGAUGGGGUGAGCUGCAGGCCCAUCAGCAGGCUGCGGCCAAGCAUGGCCUAGGACAUGACAAGGCAACCUGGGAGAAGCUGAGGACGCACUACUCUCAAUCACAAAAUCCCCAGGGCGCAAUCGCUUCGGAAGCAACCUCUGCCGUAACAAGAACUGACACGGGGACAAGCGUGAUGAGUGGGGCGGCAGGAGCAGCGUGGUCAGUCUGCAAGACACUCGCACCGGUGCUCGGGGAUGCACUUGGUGGAGCAAGGCACCCUGCACUGAGGGUGUUGGGAGGUGCUCUCCGCUACACAGCAGAUGUUGCUGACUCGUUGUCCCUCCCCGUUAGUGUGGACGGAACUGAGACUGUCUUGUACUUGGAUGACUCGGGCUCAAUGCGGAGUUCAGUUGACGGCGUUUGGGGCAAGUCUGGGCUGCAGUUGGGUCAAGACGUACUGGAUCAGGUGGCACCCCUGCUUGAAGGGCCCACUCGCAUUCUGAAGUUUGGCUCACACCCAAAGGUCUUGCUUCCCAGGGAGGAAUUGUCACAGACACAGGAUCUGGCAACCACCACACAGCUGCUCCAGUGCUUCGCCAGCAUUUGGCAUUAUUCCUGCUUUCGUAGUUGA